AUUUCACUUAUCAAAGUGGCCGAAAACUCAUUGACAUUUCGCUUGUCAUGUCGCCGAAAAUGAGCGAGAAAAGUGCCCGAAAAGCGCAAAAAAUCAUCUUGAAGAGCGAUAAGAAGAAGAAAAGGCGCAGGAAGGAGAGUUACGCCAUUUACAUCUACAAGGUUUUGAAGCAGGUUCAUCCCGAUACUGGAAUUUCCAGCAAAGCUAUGAACAUCAUGAACAGCUACGUGAAUGAUAUUUUUGAACGCAUCACGAUGGAAGCUUCCCAUUUGGCUCAGUACAACAAGCGCUCCACCAUCACCAGCAGGGAAAUUCAAACAGCGGUUCGCCUGCUUCUGCCUGGAGAAUUGGCCAAACAUGCCGUGUCCGAGGGCACCAAGGCCGUCACCAAGUACACCAACUCCACUAAUGCAUAAUGUAAUUUCUUAGUCCAAGAAUAAAGCCUCGUUUAAAUCCUGA